UGGGAGGCAUUCUGGGUAAUUCGCUGUUUACUUCCUGCGGCUGAGGAAUCCGUGGCCCAGUUCUUUGCUGUGCUUUUGUCGGAGGGGAUGGCCCUUGAGACGGUGCCGAAGGAUCUGCGGCAUCUGCGGGCUUGUUUGCUGUGUUCGCUGGUCAAGGUGUCCUUCGGGGAGCUGGUUGUAGGGGUGAUGGGGGGAAUCAAGACUAUAGACCAGUUUGAAUAUGAUGGUUGUGACAAUUGUGAUGCAUAUCUUCAGAUGAAGGGUAACCGGGAGAUGGUAUAUGACUGCACCAGCUCUUCCUUUGAUGGAAUCAUUGCAAUGAUGAGUCCAGAGGACAGUUGGGUCUCGAAGUGGCAGCGAGUCAGUAACUUUAAGCCAGGUGUGUAUGCAGUGUCGGUCACUGGUCGCCUUCCCCAAGGAAUCGUGCGAGAGCUGAAAAGUCGAGGAGUGGCCUACAAAUCCAGAGACACAGCUAUAAAGACCUAGCAAGAUACGUGGCUGCCAGCAUCUUUGCUCCCCGCCUCCUGCAUCUGCUUAUUUUUUGUUAUGGAACUAAAUGGACAGAACUUCAGAGACUUUCCCCCUCCAACUCUUGAGACUCAGCAGACCGUUGAGAGAACAUGGCGUGUCCCUGAGCCAUUUUACCUUUGGACUGCUGGUGGGGGUGGGGUGGUUUGAGCUGGUGGAUUAACAGAGGCUGGCUUGAGUGGGGGGUAGGAGACGUGUUUUUUGCCCUUACCCAUGAGUAGGACUCUGGGUCAGAUGCCAAUAAACAUGAACCCCUAGGAAAGUUCUUAAACCCAU